GCGCCCCCUGCCGGAGCGCGUCUGUGCGCGAUGACGUCACCGGGACCAGCGUCGGGGUCAGAGCGCGACAGGUAACGAUGGAGAAAACCCUGAUCAAGUACACGCACUGCGGAAGAAACAUUUACGUGUUUUCGUGUUCAGAGCGCCGGUGUCCGGCGUGUCUCCAGAGUCUCAGGUUUGGACUUCCGGACGCACCUGUCGCGCUCACCUGUCCCUUCAGGAACGGGCACGCUGUGCCGUGCGCGCUCCUGAUCGGGUCCGUCCACGGGCCCACGCAUCUCGGAGAAUGGCACGACACUGAGAUUCACGUAGGGCUGUCAGAUUCUGAAGGUCUGGUCUAUAACUACACGCUGUCGGGCGUCCGGAGAGACGAGAGCGGCUGGGAGCGCUGCGUCUGCAUACAGCUCUGCCCGGCGUGGAGACAGCAGCUCAGGGCAUCAUGGGACAGAGAGCUGGAGCGCUUCUCCGCUCUGCCUCUGUGGGCUUCGGAGCGGUUUGCUGAGGAGAGGGAGUUCGGCUCGUGCUGCUACGGUUUCGCUCUGACCUUCAUAAACCACAUGCUCUCGCUGGAUGGGAGAGAGGGUCUGAGUCGAGACCAGUUCACGGGGUCUCACGUUUUACCCAGGAUGAAGGCGGCCUCGCUCUACAUCAGCGUCUAUCACGCGGUACUUCAGCAUGGAUUCUGCAUCGCUGGCGUUUCUUCAUAAAACACUAUCACCGUGUCCAAUAAGUUCAGAAACUCUGCAUUUGUUCAGAAGAAAGAUAGGCGUGUAUUGUGAUGAAAGCGGAUGAAUAUGUAUUGAAUAAUCCGCUAUUUUGGAGUUUUUCAGUUAAAACGGAGAGAUAGCAGCGUCGUUCUGUUUGAUGUGUCACUACAUAUUAAUAAACCCUUAUGAUUUGCA